GGAUGGCUGUGAAUGAUCUAAAAGGACUUUAAAUUUAGUUAUACUUAAAUUUAAGCGUUUCUGGGAGCAGGUGACAAGAGUUGUGGCGUCUUUUAAACCGUGCGUAAUUGUCGUUUCUUUCUCAGCUCCAUCCGUAAAAGUUUGUGCUUCCCUGGCGAGACGUUGCAUUUGGAGGAAGGACAAUCUAACACCGGGAUAAGAUGACAGCGAUCAGAAUGGUUUCAUCAGUGCUGGUGCUGGUGCUGAUGCAGUCCGGAGCUCUUUGCGCACGGAGGUUCCGGGGUGGCCGCAACCCGCAACCGCGACGCUCACCACCACCUCCCACAUACCGGGCGGAUCGGGGUGACACCACGGAGAGCUUCCCUCUGGAUAUCACCGCCGUGGAGGAGAACAUGGAUUACUUCAUGACACAAGUGAAGAACCUUGCGCAAUCCCUCUACCCCUGCUCCGCGCAGAAGCUCGACUACGACAUGAAGUUGAACUUUUUGGGGAAUACAUCAGUCACCUGCAACGAUGGUAGUGCUGCGGGAUACUACCUGAAAGAAUCUCGCGGGAGCAGGCGGUGGUUGAUAUUCUUAGAGGGCGGCUGGUACUGCUUCAACAAGGAGAACUGUGACAGCCGAUAUGAGACCAUGAGGAGACUGAUGAGCUCAUCCAAGUGGCCUCAAACUAAAACAGGGACGGGGAUCCUGUCUCCGCUGCCUGAGGAAAACCCUCACUGGUGGAAUGCCAACAUGGUGUUCAUCCCGUACUGCUCCAGUGAUGUGUGGAGCGGCGCUACAGCCAAAACAGAGCAGAGUGGAUAUGCCUUCAUGGGCUCGCUGAUUAUUCAGGAGGUUGUGAAGGACCUGCUGACCAAAGGUCUGGACAACGCCAAAGUCCUCCUAUUAGCAGGAAGCAGUGCUGGUGGUACUGGGGUCCUUCUGAAUGUGGACAAUGUGGCGGAGCUGCUGGAGGGGCUGGGGCACACUGGGAUACAAGUGCGAGGCCUGUCUGACUCUGGCUGGUUCCUGGACAACAAGCAGUACCACUGCACAGACUGCGUGGAUGCUGUCAGCUGUGCCCCCACUGAGACCAUCAAGAGAGGCAUCAGCUACUGGGGAGGAGUGGUGCCAGAGAGGUGCAGGCAAGCCCAUGAGGGAGAGGAGUGGAACUGUUUCUUUGGCUAUAGAGUCUUCCCAUCAAUAAAAAGCCCUGUGUUUGUUGUCCAGUGGCUGUUUGAUGAGGCCCAGCUGACAGUGGACAACAUCCAGCUAACAGGCCAGCCCGUGCAGGAAGGCCAGUGGCGCUACAUCCAAAAUCUGGGCAUUGAGCUGAGGAACACACUCAAAGAUGUCCCGGCUAUGUUUGCUCCAGCGUGCCUAUCACAUGAAGUGAUCACCAGAAAUUACUGGCUCGACGUGCAGGUUAAAGGCACCUCCUUGCCUCGAGCUCUGCACUGCUGGGACCGCAGCCUCAACGACAACAGGAACAACAAGGCUCCGCCCAAAGGUUGCCCCGUGCAUCUGAUUGACAGCUGCCCGUGGCCACACUGCAACCCCACAUGCCCCACCAUCCGAGACCAGUUCACAGGACAGGAGAUGAACGUCAUCCAGUUCCUCAUGCACAUGGGCUUUGACGUGCAGAAGAUGGCCCAGCAGCAGGGCAUGGACCCCAGCAAGCUACUGGGCAUGCUCAGCAAUGGCAGCUAA